GAGCGUCUGGCGGAAGAACCCGAGCGGAGGGACGUCCAUGGCUUAUUUUUCUCGCUUUUUGCGCGAUGUGACUCGUUCCGGAUCCCUUUCCUUUACUACCGCAGCGCAGGAGUUAGAGAGAGUAUAGGAUACCAUGGCAGGAAGAGGAGGCUUGAUGACUUCAGGAGGAGGGGGCUCUGGCUCAGCAGGAGACCCAAGCAACCAGCCCAUGGACCUGGCACAGAAGACAGUCGCUAGGUCACUAGAAUCGGGAGGCAUAGUCAAGAGUGGAGGAACCACUCUCGUCCACUACACAACGGGGGUUCAGCAGAUCCUCACUACAAGUGGAACGACAGCACAUGUAGUCACUGCCAAGCCUAUUGGCAGGACAGAGAGCAUGGGAGUGGCAGGGCAGACAGUGACCCUUGUAUCACGCCCUUCUGCCCCCCCAUCAGCUCUCAACCUAGCAUCACAGGGCCCAGGAGGAGGCAGUGGUGGUCCUUCACUGAGGACUGUGUCACACACCCCAGGGGGAACCACCACCAGCACAGUGGUCACUUCAGCGUCCACCUACCACAUCCCACGUGGAGCGGCUGCUGUGGCCAACAUCGCAGCCCCAAGGUCCCAGACAGUGGCUACACCCAUCAUGAGGACCACUGCGCAGCCCAUUGGCCAACCAGGCUCCAAUGUCCCUGGGCCGAGAGGAAGUGUUGUAGGUCAACGAUUGGUACCAGCUUCAACGAAUGGAGGCUGGAUUCGAAACACACCUUCCCCAGCACACACGGGCAAGGUCACAGGACUGUCCAUGCACCCUGGGGUCACAGCACCCAAUGUCAGUCUGGGCGUCCAGAGGCCAUCGAUGCCAAUGCCUCGUCUAGGCCCAGGUGGUGGGGCCAUAACGACUUAUCACACAGGAGUUCGGCCAGGCAUCGUCUCCAGUGGCUCUAUCAGAGGGCCAGGCACUGCCACCAUGCGAGGGAUGGUUACAUCGGAGGGCGCAAAGGGCACGGGACCCAAGGCAGUGCACAUCACACAGCCCAUUGGACCACAGAAAUAUGGGGGCAUGGGUGGCGUGAUGAGUGGCAGUGGGCGCAGUGUGGUGGCCUCAGGGGGCGGCGCGGGUGGAGGGUCCUCCUCAGGCACCAUCUAUAGCCCCGGCAACCCUAUGGUGACCACGAUGUCAGGGCCAGGAGUAAACCCACAGACCACCAUCAGAACACAGGCUCCCCCAGCCAUUGCAGUCAGAAUCACAACAGCACCAGUGUCUACAGCCACAUCUUCUUCACAGGUGACCUCCCAGGCUGGCACAAGCAUUGGUGCCAUUUCCAUGACAUCCCCAUCUGGAUCAUCCCCCGGUGCCAUCCUGACACACCAGUCACCCUUGCACAGGACACAGCAAGACCAGGUUCCUCUCAAGACCCCAAUUGUUCGGACUCCUGUGGCUUCACACCAGAGCAAGGGCGGGGUGCAGGCACAGACUCUAGCCUUUUCCGAUGGGCCAAAGGUGAUCACACAGCCUGCACAGGGCCCACCUCUGGCUCUUGCACAGAUCUCAGGCUUAGCAGGGGUGACUACCCAAAAAGCCCAGGUCAACACUCAUACUGUGUCACAGCAGCACACUCCUAGUGUCCAGCACAGACCCGGUGGCAGCGUGAUGGGCAGCAGUGUAGGGCGAGUGAUGGGGGGGACAGGAAUCCCGGUGGCCAAGGUCCUCCCUCAGCAAGCAACAACCCCAAACCAGGGGUCUGCAUCUGUUGCUGGCCCCCCCAGGGGAUCCCAUGGGCAGGUGCGCGCUCAGUCCCCUGGCCAGGCAGCCGACCCACAGGCUCCCCACACCAAUGUGUUCCUGCAGAGACCUCAUGCAGGGGUGACGGUGACAAGUGGCACACCCACAGGUCAGGCAGAACGGGUUGUAACAACAGUCCCCCAGUACAGCAUUGCACCACCCUACUACUAUGAACAAGGACAAAACACUUACCAGGUUGGUGGCCCCACUCUUGUGCCACACACCCUGAGCUCCACCCACUACGUCCCAACCAACGUCCAGAGUGGCUCCCUCAGAGUAACAGGGGGAGGACCCAGUGCCACUGCAGGUGCAGCCCCAGGCCAUGGAGGGGGCCCAGGUCAGAUUGUUGAGGGUCCAGGGGGACAAGCACCUGCCCCCCUCCCAGCCAUGAAACCAGGUGCCUCCCCGAGGCCUUCCAUCCUACGCAAGCGGCCUGAUAGUGAUGGGACACCCCUCAAAGCCGCCAAGAAUCUCACGGCCGCUCUGUGCCUCCCCAUGCCCUCACCACCCUCCCCCAAACGCCCAGACUCCAGAGGGAAUGGGAAUGCAUCGUCAGGCUCGACAACCAUCUCAGCCAAUUCCUCUCCUGACUCAUCCUUAUCAGGGCUGCAAAUUGAGGAGCUGGAUGGCAGCAGUGGAGGCGCCGCCACAGGGAACAGCGCAGAGUUGCGGACACCCCCCAGCAUCAAGCAGGAGCCCCCCGAGGACGCCACGGUGGUCCUCCCUCGCCAGCCUGUGCUCUGCUCCAUGAGCGAGACUUCGGCUGGCCUCACCACCGGCAUUGUCACCACCACACUCAACGUGCCGCAGCCCCACCUCUCUGUCACAGGCAUGCACGGGGCCUCACAGGCGUUGGCUGAUGGCCUCUCACCCAGGAAGAAGCCCAGAAAGCAGCAGCUGACUGGGAACGAGCUUCAGGAGGCGCGGUCCAGCGAGGAUGACCUUGACCAUCCGCCGGUAAAGAAGACGAAGAGAGAGAUCGCAGAGGACAAUCACGACCUGGAAGGAAGCGAAGACGAGGGCGGGGGAUGGUCUGAGCCAGGUGGGGGCAGCAGUGGAGGGAGCUAUGGGGGGAGUGGAGGGGGCUUAGGGGGAGCCAGUGCCAGUAGUGCCGUCAACGCCACCGUCGUCAUAACGAACCGCCCCACCAUGUCCCUCCUGAGCAGUUUCCGACAGACGUGGAAGCCGAGGCACAACCACUUUGUGCGCCACACGGAUGUCAAGCCCAAGGACGAGAGGAGAUUGACUGUCAAUGAAAUAGCCAACCAGAAGAUGGCUCUGCAGCGGGUCAAUGGAUGGAAGGUUGUUCACCUCUCAGGGCAAGUGGAUGACCUUGUAGAGCUCGAGUCUGAUGUGGUUGACCGUCUGCAUUUGCUGCUCACGUCCUUGGAGAAGAGAACGCAUGGCAGAAAGCCAUACAAGGACUUUGAUAAAGACAUCAAUAGGUUGUCAGAGCUAGUCAAGGCCAACAUCCAGAGAUCCAAGAUUAUAAAGGACCAGAUGACUGAGGCAAGAACACAGAUGGAAAAGCUUUUUGAGCACAAGGGCAAGAUUGUGGAGAUCAUGACAAAGUACAGUAGCAAGCGCAGUGUUCGUAAGAAGGAAAAGAGUUGAAGUCUUUCUGUAGGGGAGAGAAGUUGCAUUGGGCUUUUUUGCUUUUAAAGCUGCCAAAGUGUUGUAUUAAAGACAAAGGGCUUUAUAUAUAUUUUUCCAGAUUCCCCCGGUCAAUAAACAGCAGACAUGGUCUUGUCCAUUCACGUGCCAGGCAUAAAGUGUGAAUGCUGAUAAUUAACAAAAGUUGCAGGCUUCAGCUCAAAGUUGAAUUCAGAUGGAAAUCCUUGUCAAACUAUAUAGAUAUGUACAAAGUAUUAUCAUCAUUAUGAUUAGUUUUUUACACCAGUGACUUUUUUUCUUUUUCUUUUUCUUUUUGCCUUUUUGUUAAUGGACAACUUCUCACCAUCAUUCAAAAUACAUCUUAUUUGUCAUUGUGGAUUACUGUUGUGGCCAAAGGCUACUUCUUCCAACUCAAGUACAAUUUUAUUUGUAUACUCCAAGCAGAAAUUUAUUGUUUACAGUGCAAACCUGUAGCUUAAGGCUUAGAUAUAAGUGAUCAGUGAUAUGUUAUUUGUAUUAAAUAUAAAAUUUUAUUAUAACAAAGUUAUAUGUUAUUCCUCGAUAGUUUUAAUUGGAACACAGUGAUAUGUACAGUAUUCAUAGACUGACUGUGAAUCAUUAAGCCUACCCAGGAAUAGUCACUUCAUUUAUGUCAGUGGAUGAAGUAUCCUAAAUAUUUUUUUUUGCAUAAGUUUUAACAUGUAAGAAUACUGACCUGACAGAAAAGCAUUAAGUUAGCAUUGCAAACUUCAGAGUAGACAUAUUCUUUUAAGCAGUAUGUUUUAUUUUGUCCGUGCCAAUGAUGAAAUAGGCGAUGAGACUUUGUAUACAGACAAGUUAUUAUUACCUUGUCAGUUGCCCCAGAACUUUGCUUGGGUAAAACUAGAAGGUAAUGUUUAAAUGUAAAGACAUAUUGUUCUAUAAAAUCACAUACAUUGUACAAAGGAAAAGCAAUAUAAUAAAAUCUGAAAUCUUA